GGAAACAAGACUUCUGUACCCAACCGAACAACCAACCACCAUAUUCACCACCAUGCCUUACAACUGCUGCCUACCCAGCAUCAGCUGCCGUACAAGCUGCUCCUCCAGGCCCUGCCUGCCUCCCAGUUGCCACGGCUGCACCCUUCCAGGGGCCUGCAACAUCCCAGCCAAUGUGGGCAACUGUGGAUGGUUCUGUGAAGGUUCCUUCAAUGGCAAUGAGAAGGAGACCAUGCAGUUCCUGAAUGACCGCCUGGCCAACUACCUGGAGAAAGUACGCCAGCUGGAGAGGGAGAAUGCUGAGCUGGAGUGUAGGAUACAGGAGUGGUGCCAACAGCAGGUCCCCUAUGUGUGCCCAGACUACCAGUCCUACUUUAGGACCAUUGAGGAGCUUCAGCAGAAGAUCUUGUGCACCAAGUCUGAGAACGCCAGGUUGGUGGUACAAAUCGACAAUGCCAAGUUGGCUGCUGAUGACUUCAGGACCAAGUAUGAAACUGAGCUGUCUCUGCGCCAGCUGGUAGAGGCUGACAUCAAUAGCCUGCGCAGGAUUCUGGACAAUCUGACCCUGUGCAAGUCUGACCUGGAGGCCCAAGUGGAGUCCCUUAAAGAGGAACUGCUCUGUCUCAAGCAGAAUCAUGAACAGGAAGUCAACACCCUGCGAUGCCAGAUUGGGGAGCGUCUUAACGUGGAGGUGGAUGCUGCCCCAACUGUGGACCUGAACAGGAUCCUGAAUGAGACUCGGGCUGAAUAUGAGGCCCUAGUAGAGAACAACCGCAGAGAUGUGGAAGAAUGGUUCACCACUCAGACAGAAGAACUGAACAAGCAGGUGGUGUCCAGUUCUGAACAGCUACAGAACUUCCAGGCUGAGAUCAUUGAGCUGAGACGUACUGUCAAUGCUUUGGAGAUUGAGCUUCAGGCUCAGCACAACCUGAGAGAUUCUCUUGAAAACACUCUGACAGAGACUGAAGCCCGUUACAGUUCUCAGCUCUCUCAGUUACAAUGUAUGAUCACCAGUGUGGAAUCCCAGCUGGCUGAGAUCCGUGGUGACCUCGAGAGGCAGAACCAAGAGUACCAGGUCCUCUUGGAUGUCAGAGCCCGACUUGAGUGUGAGAUUGCCACAUACCAGGGUCUGUUGGAGAGUGAGGACUGCAAACUUCCCUGCAACCCUUGUGCAACAACCAAUGCCUGUGGCAAACCCAUUGGCCCCUGCCCAGUCAGCAAUCCUUGUGUCCCAUGUGCCCCCUGUGGACCUUGUGCCCCUCGCUCAAGAUGUGGUCCCUGCAACUCUUUUGUGCGCUAAGGAGCCCAGAGUGGCAAGGAGGAGAAAGAAAGGAAUGACCAAGUACUCCUGACUCUGGUCCAACCCUGUUUCAUCUGAAUACUUCAAUAACCUAAACCAAUUGCUCCCAGUCCUUCCUGUUGGACACCAGCAUGAAAACUUCCCAUCACUCAAAAAGCACAUCUUCAGGAAAAUGUGGAUUUGAUCUCUUUGUCUCUUGUCUCUUACUUGUCCCCUGCUUUCAUCUGCUUGCUCCUUCAGCAUCUGCUCUUGGGGCAUCUCUCUAACCAGGGGGGACCCACUUAUAGUGGGUUAGAUGCUUUCUUGAAAAACACAAAGCAGGUUGGAUAAGACAAAAUGCUAUAAUUAUUAUUGUGAUGAAUGUUUAUGAUAUUUUAUGUCUAAAACAUUUAUUUUAUAAAAUAAUUCUAUUUAGUGGAAUGAGAUGAGAUGAUCAUAUCAUGAAAAGAAUAUAUGUUAUUUCUGGAAACCCUUUCUGUCUCUGGAGAUUCAGUGAAGAUCCUUUGUAAUCCUCCUAAUAAAAACUUAAUUAUUCUAGUGCAAUGGCAAUAAUAGCUGUCUUUCCUAUUUAUUUUGACAUAAUUUGACUUCAUGAUUGUAUGAUGACUAGGUGUUCUUCAUCUGGAUCAUAAUUUUCCACAACAUAAAAAUAUCCCUAUUCAUCUCAUUUCUAGAGCUAAUUUGGGUGUUUGGGAGGAGGAAGGAGGAAAGAGUCAAAGUUAAGACAUAUAUUCAUUACUACUGUUCAGGAAAUGUGAAUUGUGAGGUGAUAGUCACUAAAAGGCAAAUACUAUAUAAUGAGAAUAUGUGGAAUGUUAAAAGUUCCUAAUCUCUGAUGAAAAAUUAUGGGACAAAUUGAAUAAGCACCGAAUUUGAGAUUUUAGAGCCUUUGUUCAAAUUCUAGCUUUGCCAGCUUUGUCUUUUGCUUUGGAGAAGCUGCCUUAACUUCUGUGGCCUUCACUUUUCUUUAAAAUGAAGGAGUUGGAGUAGAUAUGGUCUUUGGUCUAUGGAUUCAGCUAAAACUCUAUGAACCUAUGAGCUUAUUUUGGUUUUUCAUGGCAAAUUAUUAAAUUUACCCUGCAAGGCAAAUAGCC